AAGAGGCAAAACAAAAGCAAAGGUCUUUUUAUUGUUUUUGUGAAAUUCUUGGUUUGGAUGAAGAAGAGAAUGAUAACCCUAGAAGACACAGAUGAAGCUCCGGCAGCCUACGACGUGGCAGACCUGGAAGCUACAGCCAUAGCCACAGCGGCAACGGCGGUUUCCGGCGGUGGAGAAAUGAACCCUGAACACACUUGUAAUUUUCAGGUUGAUCCUGCCUACACCACUCCUAAACAACUACAGGAGGAACAAGAUGAGGCAGCAGGGAAAGUGAACAAAGACCGAAUCCAAUCCUUGAAAUCUGCUGUUAUAAUUUCCGGGGUGGUGGUGGCAAUCAUCGGAGCUAUAUGUGCUGUGGCCAAGAAGGUCAAAGAGGCUAGACACUGAUUUGCAGGAAGUUAGUAACCUCACACACACACACACACACACACACACUCACACACACACACACAAAGCCUUUAUACCCUUUUUUAGGGUUAUUUUCAAGCUUUUGUUUUGUCAAAUUGUAAUAUCAGACUGUCACUGAAGUUAUCAAACCCACCAGUUUGGUGAUCUGCUUUUCCUAUUGAUGGCAACUUUUACGAAAAAAAAAAAUAGCGGUUGAUUAUGCGUUUUAAAAGUUUGACAUGUAAAUGCCCAAGUACGUUUUUGGCUCUCUGUUUUGCUCUGUUUAUGGAUUUUCUGAAUAAAAAUAAAUGUGGUCUAUAAA